ACUGACAGUUCAACAGCACCUGCGCUCGAUGCGGUUGAGUAUAUUGACUAUGACUUUGACGGCGCCUUCAAUGCUACUAGCAUAUACCGUGGGCCUCCGACCCAUGAAAGAGAAUCCGCCUGGUUCAAUCUGACGUACAAGCAUGCCGUCGCAAUCCCUCCUGAGAAGCUCAGUGCUCUAAACAAGUCUGAAGCGGAUCAUCUGCAACAGGUUCCCCCGGAAGUCGGCCUCGGAUAUAUUGGGCUUCUGGAAGUAUUCCAUCAGCUACACUGUCUAAAUAUUGUGCGCAUGUACACCUGGUGGCAGGCAGGUAAAUACGAGGAACCGCCUGAGGGCUUAGUACGAAAUGAGCUGAAGAACCGCAUUCAUGUGGACCACUGCAUCGAGUCGUUGAGAGUUGCGUUCAUGUGCCAAAGUGACGUUUCUUUGCUUUACGUCCAAAUUGGGGGUGCGGCUGGAAUUCGGGCAGACUUUGCCUCCCACCAUCGAUGUAGGGACUUCCGGAAGAUAGAGGAGUGGAUCGACGAGAAUUGGACAGUAGUAUGA